AUGGAACACUACAAUACUCUUGGUGAAAUUGUCUAUAACGAGAAGGUCAAGCAUUGGCGUUUCAGAGUGAAAAUCAUGAGGAUCUAUCCUUUCUAUUAUUAUGUUACCGGCAAAGAACCACACCAUGUAUAUGUCCUAGCAGAUGAACAUGGAACCAAGAUGGAGAUGACCAUCUAUAAUAUAUAUGGAGAUAGGUUUAGAGGACUAGAGAAGCAAGAUGGAAAAUGGGUGAAAAUAUUUAUUGUAGAACUUGGCCGUGCCCGUUCAGGUUUCAAGGUAGCAAAAUCCAAAUUCACACUAACUGUUACUGGCGAUACCCAAAUCCACAUCAUCGCUCGUCUGAACAAUCAGGUUUACUUUGAGUUCAAAGGAAUUCAUGAAAUCCCUCACAUGAGCUAUACAAGGAGAGAAAUUUUCCAAUAG